ACAAAGUCAGGUUGGGCUCCGUACAGGAAGCACCAUCUGGUAUCUUUGCCUUGUGUGCGUUUGGUGGCAUACCACUUCAUUCUGGCUGUUGGACAUGUUCCUGCUCAGCAGCUGAGACGUUGAGAAGAAGUGGGGAAAACCAAGCUUCCUGUUGCGUAUGCCAGCCAACAGAGGCGUCAGGCAGAAAGGACGUAUGCACAAGUGCAUCAGCCAUUGUGCUGUGGGAAGGGAUUUUUCAACUGGUAAUGAUGGGGGCUUGUUCUGGCAUUUUUACAAUGAAUAUAUUUGCUCUGUAAGGUCAGGCUCAGUUACUCUCCUCUUUCUGGACUGAAAAAUUAAGAACCAGUCGUGUUCAGAGCUAGAAGAAAUGCAGAUAUUUCUCUCCCGUUAGACUGUAUUGCAUCCUCCUGCUGAUGGAGGGAUGUGAAUUUUUUUUUUUACCAUCUAACUCAUCCAGUUAGAAUUCUUCCUGUAAAAAAGGAAGGACCUGGGACCCAUGAAGCAGUCUUAUUUUGUGUCUGAGAACUCUCUUUGAGAGAUGCCACUUGGGCAGUGUUUGGCUGCUUUGUGGGCAUGCUGCUGACAUGCUGGAUUUGGAGGAUGAUUGCUGCAGUUAUGGCUUCAGAGAGAGGUUUUGGAGCAGAGAGCAGUUAGCACUCUGUAAGGAACACGGGAGAGGAGCGUCAGGUCCUGUGCAGAACAGCGAAGAUGUGCUAUGGGCCAGUAAGUGUCUGUGACAGGCCACCAGGUGGCACUUCCAGUGCUUCCCAUUCUUUGUACAGCAUUGUCGCCUUGGAUGUUGAAGGUACAAGUAGCUCCACUCAUUUGUAUUUGUUCAGAUUGUGUUAUAAGAGAGGAAAGCUGAGAGCAAUUUCCAGAAUGUGGUUGGGAUUUGAACUUGAUCUUGCUAGCUAGGAGACUCACCUAAUCCAUGCUGUUCAGCUCUGCUGAGUACCUCUCGUAGGGCCAGAUUCCAUUUCUUGGUCAACCCUAUGUUUCUUUUGCUUUCUUGUUCUGUAUGAACUCUUUGCUCUUAUCUGGCUCAUGCAGACCAUUCCUCUGUCUCACCCUUUUAGCCAUGGAAAUAACUGAGGACUUGGCAGGACUUGUUUUUAUGGAAUACUCUCUGGUUGGAAAGCCAACAACACUUAUUGGUAGGGUACUUCAUGUGAACAGCAGAUGUUUGUAGGGGAGGGGACCUAAGAGAGCUAUUGUUCUCCUUUUUUAGAUUGCCCACCAAAUACCUGUGUUUUAAUAAAAAAAAAAAAAAAGGGAAGGGGAAAGGGGAGGAAACAUUAGGGGUUGGAGAAGAUAAUGUAUUACCUGUUUCUGAAUAAACGUUUGUUAUACAGAGAGUGAAUUCUAAGCCUUUUUAGAUGCUGUGAAGCAACUAAAGAUAAGUGGAGUCGUUCCAACAGUGAGCCAAGGAUGUUUUUUAGAGGGACAGAAGUUUCAAAACUGAUAAUUCGAUGAAGACCAAGAGGAGCAUAUGGGUGAAAGAACUGAUACUCAUCCACCUUUUGAUCUGGAUCACAGAAAUUAGCAGUUGACUGUUACUGCUAAAUGGGAGCUGUGUGUGUCCAUCUAAUUCCAAUUCUCUUGUCACAGAAAAAAAGAGCCUUUGUUAUUGACAGCCUAAUAAUUGAAAAAGUAAUUUUACAAAAUCACAGCUGUGAAACAGGGUACCUGUUCUAGGUGAGGUAGGGUACUUUAAUUAUCAACCAGACAUAGCUGUGGACAUGUGAAGACAUGUAUUGUGAGUGCGUAUCUUGUGCCUUCUGAGGGAAUGGGGAGAUUCAAGCAUUUUUUAAAAUUAAGAGAUUCAUGCCCAUUUAAAAAGCCAAACAGCAAGGUACACUUUAACUUCCUGUUAAAUUGUGCAUUGUGUUUAGAUUAUGAGAGUUUAUGAUGACAUUAAGAUACUUCCUUGGAAGAACUAGUGCUCCGUUCUCUAACUCUGUGAUAUAUAACAGUAUAUAUAUAUAUUUUUUUUGUAUAAAUCAGUGAAGUCAGUGAUUCUCUAAACACCACUCCAUGACUUGUCUUACAGCAAUGUUUUGGUAUACAUGCUCUUCUGUUCUUGGUCAGCUCUUUAAAGUUAGUCUUUUAAUAUAUACCAUGGCAUGGCGUCUUUGGUUGGGCACUGAAAGAAGAGUAACCAGUUCUCAGUACUCUUUUUCAGGCAGUUUGUCUUGCAGCUCUCCAAUUUCUCCUGGCUGUUCUGCAAUUGUCUUGCUAAUCUUGUUUGCUUACAUACCACUGACCUCACAUCCUCCAUAUUUGCCCUGGUGCAGCAUGGUUAUAUUUUUGGUUGUUUUUUUGUGUUUUGGUGCGGUUUUUUGUGGUGUGUUUUUUUGUUGUUUUGCUUUGCUUUGUUUUGUUUUGGUUUUUUUUCAUUUUUUUUCUUUCCCUGGGCUGAUGGAGAUUAUAAAUUUGCACAUGAAAUACUGAUUGCCUGCACUAAAUUAGUGUGGAUUAAUUUAGUAAUUAAAUUAAACAACUGCCCAGGACAGGUGGUAGGUAAUUUGUAAUGGUGUUUCUUUUCUUUCCUUUUUCAAAAAUGUGAUGACUUCUGAAGUGAUAUACCACAAUGUGCAAGUUUAGUAUAUUUUCAUGGCUUCUGCAUGUACCAUUCCUUCUGAUAAUGUUCAUUAAUUUGGAUAUUUGGUUGGGUCAACACAUCAUUUCAUGUUUUGUCACUGUGUGCAUUAGUCUUGCUUCAGUAUCUUACUUUUGGAGUAGUCCUCUCUUCCAUUCAGUCGUAAAUACAAAUUCCUCUGUAAACGAUAAUUUUUAAAAUUUUUCCUGAGUAACAAGUCUUUAAAAAACAAUCGUCUUUGAAUGUUUUUGUAUAUCUUGAAGGUCUAUUUGCCUCUCUAGGGUUAAGUGCCUAGAAUUUACACAGUUUUUACGGGAAGGUGAACUCGACCCUCGGGAAUGGGGCGAGUCCCUCCGCCCCGAGGGACCCGCCGCCGCCAUUACCAGCGCGGCGCCGCCGAUGGAGACUACAUGUCCCGGCGGCCCCCGCGCCCGCCGCUCGCGGAGAGAAGAUGGCGGCCGCCACGGAGCGUGUGGCGGGAGCGGGGCCGGCGGGGUACACGGCUCUGGCGGUGAAGUUCGGGGCGCGGCAGCGCUCGGCCCAUUGCUUGUUGGUGAAGGAGCACCAGGUGCGGGAAGGGGCCGACACGGCGCACCCGCCUCGCCGCACACUCUUCGUCCUCAACGUGCCCCCGUACUGCGGCCCGGACUCUCUGUCUAGGCUGUUCUCCCGCUGCGGGCCUGUGCAGUCUGUGGACAUCUGUGACAAGCCAGGGCCGGGAGAAAAAAAAGAAAAGCCGACGUCCAAAUUCUUCAAUCGCAAAACCGUAACGGGAUUUCAAGUAGCAUAUGUGGUGUUCAGGAAACCAGCAGGUGUCCAGGCAGCCAAGGCUCUGUCACAGGAGGGUCCCUUGCUAAUAUCAACAGAGAGCCACCCUGUGAAAACCGGCAUUAGCAAGUGGAUUGCCAGUUACGAGGCUUCUGUCGUGGAUCCGAAGGAGCUUAAGGCUGAGGUGGAUGCCUACAUGCAAGACUAUGACAAAAAGAUGGCAGAGGAAGAAGCCAAAGCGGCCGAGGAGGAGGGUGUUCCGGAUGAGGAGGGCUGGGUGAAGGUAACGCGAAAGGGCCGGAAGCCUGGCCUGCCCCGGACAGAGGCUGCCAACCUGAGGGUGCUGGAGAAGGAGAAACAGAAAAGGGCCCGCAAAGAGCUGCUCAACUUCUAUGCCUGGCAACAUCGUGAGACCAAGAGAGAGCACAUUGCCCAAUUGAGGAAGAAAUUCGAAGAGGACAAGCAGAGGAUCGCACUGAUGCGAGCCCAGCGCAAGUUUCGGCCGUACUAAAUUGCGCUGAGCUGUUCCUCAGGUGCCUGUGUUGGAGAGGGUGGGAGAGAUACCUACUGACUCCAUUGCCGAAGGAUUUAAGGAACUGAGGCAGCUUCGGGUUGUCUCUGCCCUUGGAUCUGAAAUGGGAGAUCCCAGCACCUGCUGCUGGAGGGGAGUUCUCUUUACUCGUACCAGUAUCUUCCUGCUCUCCUGGCUGUUAUUUGGCCCUGUGGCACCACUUCCCAGGGUGCUCAGGUCAGGGGGUCUGAGGCACAUCCUGUGACAACAUGUAUCUCCUGCCACCUCAGGCUCCCCUAAAGCUUGGUGAGAACUGAGAUUGACCUAGCACAGCCUCUGCAGGAGCAGGGAAUGGUUGAAGAACUGUAAAUAAACUGCUGCUAUGUUCUCAAAACAUGGGAAUGCUUCUCUCUCCCA